CCGACCCAAGGUAAACUUCCUGCAACGCUGCAAGGCCAAAGCCUCUCUCUCUCCUUCCUUCUUGAGUUAAAGCUAAUGGGAAUGGACGAAGCUUACACAGCGGAUCAACCAGCAGAGGAGUCGGCGACCCCUGAUAACGUGGAGGCAUUGAUUGAGGCUGCUAGAUAUGAUGAUAUUGAUGAUGUCAUAAGCUUAGCAUCUACAGGUGUUUCUCUGGAUUCUAAAGAUUGUCAAGGAAGAACAGCACUUCAUAUGGCAGCUGCUAAUGGACAUCUUGAUGUUGUGGAGUAUCUUAUAAAAAAUGGAGUGGAUCUUAAUGCUUGUAAUAUGGAGAAAAAUACCCCUCUUCACUGGGCUUGCCUCAAUGGGCACAUUGAGGUGGUGAACAAUUUGAUUUUAGCAGGAGCCGAUGUAACUAUACUAAACAGCUAUGAAAGGACUCCGAUGGAUGAGGCAGUGAGCCGGGGGAAGAUGGAAGUCAUUGAUGCAAUCAAUGCAGCUGUUGCACAAUUUGAACUUAAUGGAGUUGGAGUUUCCUAAGUAUUGACAUUUUGGCAAUGGUAGUACAGGACUAUAGCAGAUCGUCAUGUAUAUCCUUCUGCUUACAUAUGAGACCUCCAAAGCAGAGAAAAGUGGAUUUGGGUGACUCCUUUCAUUGA